UGAAAUACAGAAUAGAGACAUUAUUUUGUUUUGGAGUGGAUGAGUGCCUUAGUUCAUUGUUUUUCUUGCCAGACGGAUGUCUGUGUUGUGGUACCACUGGAUAAAGUUGUAUCCACAUUGGUAAGUUUUGGCAGUACUUUUUGACAAUCAGCAGUGGCAACAGUGAAGAAAACCAAGCUCUUUAUAUGUCUGUGGAAGGCAAACCUAGUGUCAGAUCCUCAUUCAGGAAUUGGUUGUUUGCUCCAAGUUCUUAUGUUGUUCCUGGCUUGGGCUUGUAACUUUUACAAUAUUUUAAAUAUGCAUGCUGAUUUAAAGUACUAUGCUGAUUUAAAAUACUUCUGAAAGCUGGCACUUGAAUUGGUUACUUUAGGCUGCUUAUUGAAAGGAUUAUCUGGAAGACAUUAUCUUCUUCAUGGAUUCUUGGAUUGCCAUUUUGUCUGAAGUCUACUCAGGACUUUUGUUUGAUUUGGGUUUGUUUUGUGGAAUAUUUUGUUUUGUUUUGGGUUUGCUGGUUUGGGGUUUUGUUUCUUUUCUUUCCCUCCUCAGAUUUUCAAAUUUUGUUCUGGUUGUAUUCCUUCAUCUUCACGGUUGUCUUGUUUGUCUCAGUCUCCAUGUUUGGAGAUGGUAGGAAUUGCAGCAAGGUGUAGCUGUGACGCAUUGUUUUUUCCUGUUGCUCUCUGCACUGCUUUGCCUUUGCCACAGAAGUCCCUCAGCUGCAUUUGGGAGAGUGGUGUGCUAGCAUUUCUAUCCAGGAUAAAUCUGUGAAGAAGAUUUCUCAGCUUCUUUUUUUUCCUGCUCAGGGACGAUUUCCAGCUCAGCAUAUUGUGUGCUUUUAGAUAAUGAGGAAGAAUAAAGAUCACGAGAGGCAGUGUACCUUCUUUAAUAUGUGCUGUUAUCUUAUGGGCUACUACCUCUAAAUUACUGAAAACAAAGGUCCGUUCUGAGUCCAAGUUUUGUUGAAAUGAUAAUGUUCUUGUAGAGAACUGCUGACCCCUCAGGGCAAUGAGAGGUACAAGAAUAUUCCAAUCCAUCCAUUUUACUGUGCUAUUUCCUUCCUAAUAUGUAUGCUUGCUGCUCUGGGACUCUUUUUUUCCCUACUUCCAAAUUAUGUGGGUACAAGCUUCCUUUUUCUUUUUCCUUUUUUAAGCCCCAAGGGUCUUGCAGGGAGUGUCUUAUGAGUCACUAGGAGUGCAUGCAAUUCAGGGGGAAAGAAGAGAUCAAAUCUCCAGACCUUUGAGAUUAUGCUGGAAUUCAUGGAAGGGGAAUGGCCUUUAAAAGUUUGUAGGAAAAGUGACAAGUACGAAUAGUUGCCUUCAUUUUGGUAAACCUUGCUCCCAAUUCCUUUGCCUCGUGUCAGUAUGUGGGUGUUAUGCAAUUUCCCAGCAGGUUAAGUCCUUGAUUUCCAUUAGUUCCAGUAGUCAGCGUGUGCCCUGUGAAUCACAUAUACAUGGUGAUGGCCCAGUCUGCAAUUCCUGCUGCUGCCUGGCAGUUUAUUCAAUCUCUUCCACUUGGCUAGACCUCUUAUCCUGGCUUGUGGUCUUAUUUACAGUGUGAUGGCAGAGUUACUUCUAUUCCAAAUGACUGUAGUGAUACUGUCUAAAUGCUUCAGGAUGAGAUAUGGCUGGAGCUCUAUGGAGAGCUGAACUAAAUUUAAGUUUUAUAAGAGCUAUCUGUUCUUUUCAGUCUUUUUUUUUUAAUAGAAGAAGUAGAGACUUGUGGGAAUGGGGUUUGAAACUUGUGGUCUCUUCUUGAGAAAUACUGUUUGGUCUUCUGAGCCAUCACAUGAAUACUCUUCUCCUGGACCUCAUAAUGUUUUACAUCAUAUUUGAUACUGUUUAGAGAUUAUGUAGAUGCAUAUUGAUGUGUGUACAGUUUAUGCUUUAAAGUCUGAGUUCAGAGUCACGGAUUUGGCACAGAGCUAGGAAGAAGAGGUUUUUGUUAGUGCAUGUUUGGGGAAGAUCUGUUUCAGGAAAUCUUAAACCACACAGAUAUUCGUGCUGUGGAAUGUAAGUUUUUACUGUUUUCCCUCUUAUUUUAUGUACUUAAGACAAAUUAAUAUCUUAAAACAGUUUUGGGGGGAUAAGCACAUUCCUUGAACAAAGUACAUCUGACUGCAUUUACAGUGGGAGUUGAAAUUACUGCGUGCUGUCUGUCUGUCCUUGUGCAGGGUCAUACCCCCCAGUGCAGGGUGAGCUGUUCCUCGCUCACUGACUUGGGAUUGCCACUUGCAUUAGUGCAGCCAGCAGUAAGGGUUUGUGUACUGGCAGUGGCUGCCAUAGGGCAUUAGACACUCAACUGGUUGUUACUUUACGGCAGCUUUGGUGUCCAAGUCCUAAUGUUGCCCCUGCCUUGGGUUAAUAAUUUUCAGAAUAAUUUAGAUAUGCAUGUUGAUUUUACAGCACUUAAAACAUUUGCCACUUGAAUCAGGCAUGCUGGCUUGCCUGUUGAGGGGAUUAUCUGAAGAGUGAAGGUGAAGGGUAAGCGACAAGCAGGGCUCGGCGCCCUGCUGGCCGUGCCUCUUGUGUUGGCAGCAGACAGCAGGGUGUUGGCAUAAGGCCGAUGGAACUGGCCAGUGGAGGGGAUGAAAAGUGCCAUGGAGGCAGAGUUAGGUUUAGAUGAGAGCUCAGCAGCACGAGAAACUCGGUCUCAGUGUUCUGAUACAAACCCAAGGCGUAAGUGCCAAUACAGAAAGUCUGAAAAUAUUGAAUAAUUGGAGUAGUGCCAGAGAUGGAUGAAAAAUGAGAAAUAUGAGUACAGAGAUCCCUGAAGAUGUGUGGCUCAAAUUGCUUCAAACUGUCUGAACAUUUGUUAUUUAACUGCUGAAGCUUUCCUACCAUUUGCUUUCCUUCUGAAGCCUUAAUCCCGUUGAAGGAUCAGAAUUGGGUACUAUGGAAUCAAGACCAGCUAAAACAUGAGAAGAUAUAUUCAAGAUGAUCCAGGCAGAAGAUUUUUCACUUCAUAAAAAUACUAUUUUUGUUUAAUAUGUAAUAUAAUUUGACAAAGCAAAAUUCAGUUACUUUUCUUGAAAUUAGGACGUGCCUGUGGCCUUCAUCAGAAAUGUUUCUAACAUUUUCAAGGAAGAAUAUGUCCCAGAAACUGAGUAUGUUUUUACUAGUCUUUGGAAUCAUUUGGGGUUUGAUGUUGCUACGCUACACAUUUCAGUAUCCAAGACGCCAAAGCAGUGCUGAGUUGCGUGGACAGAUACUAGAUCUCAGUAAAAGAUAUGUCAAAGCACUGGCAGAAGAAAAUAAAAACCUAAUGAAUGGUGGUGGUGGAGCCUCUAUGUCAGGAUAUGCUGAUCUUAAGAGAACAAUUGCUGUUCUUCUGGAUGACAUCUUGCAACGCCUGGUGAAAUUGGAAAACAAGGUUGAUUACAUCGUUGUGAAUGGCUCAGCAACAAAUAACACUAAUGGAACUAACCAUCAGGUGCCAGUGACUUCAAAUAAACGUGUAAAGCCAGCAAGCAACAUUAGAUAGCAAACAGGGCCACUUUGUGUUGCUACAUCAUUGAUGGAUAAUAUUUAAGAUAAGCUUUUUGUCUCUGGUUAGGGCAAAGCAGUAGUUGACUCUAAAACAAGCGUAAACUGUUGUAUUCUACAAUGUGCUUGGAUCUAUGUAGGCCUAACAUGUGCUUAGGUUCUCAAAGCAUUAUUUCAUUGCCUUUGAGCAGUGCUUCUGAAGUGAUCCUUGUUGUCUCUAAAGAUAUUUUGAUAUGAUUUGAUGUAGUAGGUCAUUGGAUAAUUACAAUACGUGGAAAGCAACAGGAAACUUAUAGGUAGGUUUCUAAAUAUAUUUAUUUAAGUAUGACUAUAACAUAUCUUUUGGAUAGGUGAGCAGUAUUGUAGCUUAUUCAUUUUUUGUGAUCUGCAUUAGACCAAGGUAACUGAGGAAAAUGUGUUGCUAAACAGAUGCUAGAAGAUGUGUAUACUUAAAAUAUUUUCUUACUUAUUUACUAAAACGAUAUUAAAUUGAGGAUAGCAAUGGUGGUAAUAUUUUAAAAUUGUGACCCAAAGAAUGUCUUUAUUUGCACUAUCUGUCAGAAUAGUUAAAGAGAAUUUACUGUAUAUUUAAGAAAAUUUAUUAUAAUAGGAAAACACUCUAGGUAGUAACACUGUCCAGGUUUAUCUUUAUGCCAGAGAUAGGGCAGUUAGAUUAUCAGAAGCAAAUCAUCAUCUGUGAUAUCUUAGAUGAUUAUUUCUUAAAAAGAUAUUUAAGUAUAUGUAUUUUGUAAUUGCAGAUAAAAUUAUUUAAGUGAUGGAAAUAAGUUUUGGAUAUGUGAAUACAGUUUAUUUUUAUUCAUUGCUGUUUGUUAUUAACAUUUUAAUGCCUUGCAGUUUGUGUUUGGAAAAGCACACCAUCUCCCUGAAUUGCUUUCUUGAUCAGAAGAAAAGCAAUGAAGGGAAUCAAGGCAUCUCUGCAUUUAACAGAAGUAUAUGUACUAAGGGUGUCUAAUCAUGGCAUAUUUGAGAACUAAGGUAAUGUUUGCCUUAUGUCUAAGUCAGCCUUACAGCAAAGUGAACUGCAUGCAGUGUGGGUGCACUGUAUCUCAAAUGUUACUGAAAUCAUGUUGAAGUGCCACUGAACCUGUUUUUUAAACUGUACUGAAUGUUUGAGGGGGACAGAAUGUUCAGGGACUUUUGCCAAAAGUGUCCUGUAAGUGAACUUUUGGGGAUGAGUAAAACCAGAGGCGCUGGGUGAUAUACCAGGCAAAAUUAUGUGAUUUUUUUCCUUUCUGUUUCCCUGCUGAUAAUCUUGAUGGUUAUAAAAGAAAAUACAAUUGCAAUCUUAGUUAGUACUUCUUUAGUAUCCAGAUGAUUUUUUUUUGUCACAUUGUGUGUAAACAUGUACUCACUUCAAUGCAGAAAGAGAAAAAUAAAUUUUUAAUUGCACUUGUAAA